AUGGGGAGCCACUGGGCUUCAGCAGAGAGCAACAGGAGCCCCUUGGCCACCACAGGGGAAAUCUACUGCCUUAAUAAAAGUUUAAUUAUAAGUCCACCCCUGAUCAGGAGGAACAAUUCUCAUCUGCUGGAAAGGCUGAGAGUCGAGGAGAUGUGGCCAGGCAGUUGCCUUUGGAUAGGGCCAUGUUCCAUGGGCAUUUCUGGGAAGAGAGCCUGCAGUGUACAGCUUUUCACCUGGUUCUGUGUGGUGUCCCUUAGUGGAGGGGAAAGAGGAGCUCAGCAACCUGGAGCCUUGACCUGCCUCAAUAAUUACAUAACUACAAUCCAUUGUAGUUGGACUAUCACCCUGCCAAGACAAGACAGAGUCCAUCAGCUCCUCUUCACCAGCAACUUGGAACCACAUGAAAACUACAGCUGCAUCCUCCAGAUGGGUACCUGCACAGAACUCCCACUAAACAGAAUACUGACAGUAUUUGAUGAGUUCACCAUCAGUUUCCAUGGCAGCAUAUCUGGAGUGGACCUGGUGUAUCUGUUGGACCCCAACUAUCUGCCCAGGCAGAACAUCAAGCUCGAUCCUCCCUCCAACCUGCAGAGCAAUGUCAGCUCUAGAGGCUGCAUCAUUUCCUGGAACCCUCCAAUCGAAGAGCUGUACAGGUCCCUCAGCUAUGAACUGGCCUUGAGGCAGCCUGGGGAAGCCUGGGAGCGGGCAAGACAUAAAGAUCACAUUGCGGGGGUAACCUCGGCCACCAUUGAAAGCUUCGAGUUUGGUCCUGGCUUGACCUAUGAGGCCCAGCUGCGCUGUCGCCUAGGCUCGCAGGAAGUAGGUGAACCCCUGGGUGAUGAGGAAGACGUUUUCAGCUAUAGGAGCCAAUGGAGUGAGUGGAGUCCAGUCCUGCAGUUCCAGUCUCCCAGCUCUCUAGGUAUCACUUCCCUACCCCAAGAAGGCCCCAUCAGCACGAUCAUCAUUUUCGCCAUCUUCCUUUUCCUGAUCAGCCUCCCUUACAUCCUUUUCAAGCUAUUUCCCAGAGUGAAGAAAACCUUCUACCAGAAUGUGCCCUCACCUGCAGCUUUCUUCAGGCCCCUCUACACUGUACAUAAUGGAAACUUUCAGACGUGGGCCAGAUCUGACCUCCUUGGUCCCCAGCUCAGAAGGCAGGGGGCCGUGGAAAGGAGGGUCUUGACCAGAGAUGAGCUCUUGGGACUCAUAUUCCAGGAUUCGAUUUCUCAGCUCACCUGCUUCCCAAUGAGGCCCAAGAGGGUAGAUGUCAUGGAAGAGGAGGAUGCCUGCAAGCCCAGAGGACCCCCUCAGGAGGCAACCCAGCAGGACUCAGAGUCUAAGUACCUCAGUGUUGAAGAACUGGAGACUUGGCGGCUGCCUGGGGUGGUGAUAGACAGGCAUGGUGAUAGUGGUGAUGCUGAGGGCCAACCAGACUUCCCUGGAGCCAACCAGGCUAGUUCAUUAGCUAUGAGAUGCCCUCCCAUUUCUCUGAAGCAAGUGGACCAGACUCUGGAGAACUGCUUCCCCAGCAAUAGUGAUUACUGCACCCUGAGUGGCAGUGAGAUGCCCCAGGCCUUGGCACCUGCUGGAGAGCUGCAGGGCCCAAUGGCCAGCAUGGGUCAGUGAUUCCCUAAUCUCCUUCCAAGGGCCCACCAACAUUCAGGUGUCCCUGCCUAGCCAGCACAGAGGACUCCUGGGUAAAAAUGUCAAUUUUUAGGUGGCAAUGGGGUCAGACACCAGGAGUCCAGCAAAGCUUGGUCAGCUCUCCAGGGUCCAUAAGUUUCUGCACCUAUGAACAUUCCCUCACCUCCCUACUGUCUCCUAAAGUGGAGUAUGAGGGCCCCUCUCCAUCCCUGAAAUCCAUCCAGUUGGCAUCCUGGGCCCAACUCCUUUCUACUCUUCUCAAAACUAAUUCAAAUGAGUUCAGCUUGAUAGACCUUUCUUAUGCCGGUGUGCGUAGCACUAAAUUCUUAGCAAAAUGGACCAAAGUUUCAGCAAGUCCCUGCAUCCCAACUUGGGGUCAGUGAUCUUGUUCCCAACUCUAAGCCCUGAGUCUUCCUUCCUCAGCUAAUUGUUCAAUCCAACUCAACUUUCAUGAAGCACCUACUGGGGUCAAGGCACUGGCAUUGGGGAUAUAGAGACAAACAAAUGGAUGGUUUAUUCCUUUCGUUUAAGGUCUUGUCUCUUUCACCACUCCCAGUGUGUCAGAGCAAGGGGUGAGGAAGGAACUGUACUGGUUUCAUUCCUGACCUUGACCACAUCCCCAACCCACAAGCCUUUACACAUAUGGAGAAGGGGUUAGAGGAAGCAGAGUCGGCAGGUGUCUUGUAGAGGUUUACACCCCUUCGAGGCUGGUGGAGUAGAAAGGUACAAUGCUGUUGCUCCCUGAGCUCCUUCUCAUAAAACCUUUCUUUCUCUUUCUUUUCCUCUUCUGCUCUCCUAUUCUCUUUGUUUUGCUGAUCCUUUGGUCUUAGGUCUAUCAGUUGCCCCGUCUGGUUUCUGGGUUGUACAUGUUGCUAAACUCUAUUCUGACUUGUCACUCAAGGCCCCGAUCUGCUUCUUGCUCUGAGCCCUCACUGUCCCCUGUCCAGCCCAUUCUUCUGCAUAGUUCCCUCCAGGACCAAUAUGGAAGAGUGCAGGAGUUCUUGAACUUAUCAGUUAUACUAUUAUCAAUAUUUCAACAUAAUUUGCUUACUUUAUAAUCCUAUGUAUUUUCUUUUAUGCAUUUAAGGAUGUUAUUCCAGGAAGGGGUCCAUAGGCUUUGCUGGACAGCCAAAGACAUCCGUGAGACAAAAAAGGUUAAAAACCUCUGGAAUAAUGUCUUUGGAAGACCUAGGCCUUCUCAUUUACUAGCUGUAUGACUUUGGACAAUUCACUUGACCUCUAAGGCCCUAUUUCUUCCUCUGUAAAAUAAGGCCAUUGGAUUCUAAGACACGUGAGAUCUAGUCCCUUUCUAGGGGAUAAAUUUAAAUGACUCCAUUUGAAGGAAUUACAGUUUCAUCUCUUUCUUUGGGCGAAUCCAGCCCAACCUGGAGGCCCAGGUUUGCAUGUAAUGGGAUCUGGCAGCCCAUUGUAAGUGAAAGACAACCCCAUGUUCAUUCUCUAUGACCUCUGUCAGUCAGAGGAUGCUCCCAUCUUGCUCCAUCAUCCUUUAAGGGUCUCUGAAGGGCGAUAUCAUGGAGUAUCAGUCACUGAUAGGCUGCUAUGGUUCACUUUCAAUGAUCUGCACCGAUGAAAGGGAGCCGUGAUCUGGAUUAUCCAAACCAGAAGAGUUUUAAUAUGUUCUACUGGGCUUGGAAUUCACUGCAUAUAUAGACACAGCAAGAGGUUAACCUUCCCUGUUGUUUUUAAGGUUAAUAUUAACAUGAAUUCGCAUUGACUGUCACCUGGGCAUGGGGAGGGACACAAAAGGUUUGGGGUAUGGGAGAAGUGAAUCAAAGUCAAUUCUCCCAAAUGAACAUUCAGGAAGGAGUCACCUCUUAGCUCUUCAGCCUGUAGAUUUAAUAAAUGUUAUUUUUUCAGUCUUUAGGAGGCAAGGGAUGUCAGAAGAUCAUAGAGCUAGAGGUGACCCAUGAGCCAUCAAGUCCAACCUUCUUAUUUUAUAUAUGGAGUAAACUGAC